AUCCAGCGGCUCAUCCCUUCAUUCCCGGCGGUUGCUGCAUCGCAGAAUAUAGGAGUCCCCCACCUCCCAUACCUUCCAUAAAUUACGGUUUAAACAACAGUUCUAUUAUCACGUAUUUGCGUUUUUUCUUUUUCUUUUCUUCACCCUGCAUUCUUACAGCUCUGUGGAUAUAAUAUAGCGUGCGCCAGUCGUAUCGACAGCCAGGAACAAGAUGGACAUGGAGCAGCUAAAGGACCAGUGGGUUGUAGCGGAGGAGCAAGAUGGUGUUCGUUUGAGGUAAAGAAGAAGAAGAAGAAGAAAGAAAAACUGCUAUACCCAUAACCACAAUCCCCCGCAGAUAACCUCAUCUGUCUACGUUUGUGAUAGCUGACCCCCGCUAUUCCGGAGGCCCUUAGUUGGAACGUUUUUCCCAGUAAUCGCCUAGAAUCUAGUCGGCUUGUUGUUCCUAUCGGUGUCCUCUACACUCCCCUUAAAGAAAAAGAGCAGCUGCCUGUUCAGUACGAGCCAGUAACAUGCAAAGCACCAUGUCGAGCUGUUCUAAAUCCGUACUGGUUUGUUUCACAAAGAUUCUUUUCUAUUGUCACCAAUUGGGUUUCUGACGGUGAUAUAGUCAGGUAGAUUAUCGUGCGAAGCUUUGGAUCUGCCCCUUCUGUUUGCAGAGGAACCAGCUCCCGCCUCAUUAUAAAGACAUUGGUCCAAAUUCAUGGCCUCUCGAGUUGUCUCCUUCUUCCUCUACAAUCGAGUACAAACUGGCUCGCCCAGCCCCGGCACCCCCAAUAUUCUUGUUUGUGGUGGAUACCUGCCAGGAGGAGGAUUCCUUGAAGGCUCUCAAGGACUCUUUGAUCAUGAGCUUGAGCUUGCUUCCUCCGCAUGCGCUGGUCGGGCUGAUUACUUAUGGUACUAUGGUAAUUUUAUUUUUUAUUUUUCCUGUUUCUUCCUGAUGCGGUAGUUUCUAAAAAAAAAUCAAAAAAAAUCAAUCCAGACCCAUGUUCACGAGCUUGGAUACACUGAGUGCGCCAAAUCCUACGUUUUUCGGGGGAACAAGGAGUAUUCCGCCAAGCAAGUUCAGGAGAUGCUCGGACUUCUUGCUGCCGGCCUUCGCCCUCAGCAGGCACCUAUGGCCCCUGGACGUCCCCAGCCUCAUAUGCCACCAUCGUCGCGCUUCCUUUUGCCUGUCCAGCAGUGCGAGUUCCAAUUGACAAAUGCUCUCGAACAACUUCAGAAGGAUCCCUGGCCUGUGGCUAAUGACAAGCGUCCAUUGAGAUGUACUGGAGUUGCGUUGAGUGUUGCGGUAGGACUCUUGGAGACGUCUUUUGCAAAUACUGGUGCUAGGAUCAUGCUGUUUGCUGGAGGCCCUGGAACCGAAGGCCCCGGAAUUGUUGUUGGGCCGGAGCUCAGAGAGCCCAUUAGAUCUCAUCACGACAUUGAGAGAGACAAUAUCAAGUACUAUAAAAAGGCUACUAAGGUAAGGGCGGUGUUUUCGAAUUCUAUUUUUAAUUUUAAUUUUUUUGACAUUACCUUUUCAUAGUUCUACGAAAAUAUGGCCAAGAGGACGGCACAUAACGGCCAUAUCAUUGAUAUCUUUGCCGGCUGUUUGGAUCAGGUUGGGCUGCUGGAAAUGAAAUCGCUUGCCAACUCUACUGGUGGACAUAUGAUCCUUACCGACAGUUUUACAUCCUCCAUGUUCAGGCAGAGUUUUGUCAAGAUUUUCGAUAAGGAUACUGCCGACAAUCUCUUGAUGGGCUUUAAUGCUUCGUUGGAAGUUUUGACUACUAAGGAAUUGAAGGUCACCGGUUUGAUUGGCCACGCGGUUUCAAUGAACAAGAAAUCAACAUCCGUUGGUGAGACAGAAUGCGGUAUCGGUAAUACUUGCUCAUGGAAGAUGUGUGGACUCAGCCCCACAACCUCAGUCGCGACCUACUUUGAGAUUGCCUCCCAGGCGGGCCCAGCUCAGCAGCAACAAGGGCCCCAGAAGGGCCUCAUUCAAUAUCUGACCUAUUAUCAGCACUCUUCCGGCCAAUUCCACCUAAGAGUUACAACUAUUGGUCGUGACCUUAGCGGCCCUACUGGUGAUCCAUCGGUCGCCCACUCCUUUGACCAGGAAACUGCGGCUGUGCUUAUGGCCAGAAUUGCAGUCUUUAAGGCAGAGGUUGAUGACGGACCAGAUGUGCUGAGAUGGGUCGACCGAAUGCUUAUCAGGUUGUGCUCGAGGUUCGCAGACUACCGCAAGGAUGAUCCUACGUCAUUCAGAUUGGAGAAGAACUUUACUUUGUAUCCGCAAUUUGUCUUCCAUCUGCGUCGUAGUCAAUUUUUGCAGGUCUUCAAUAACUCCCCUGACGAAACAGCUUUCUACCGGCAUGUCAUCAAUCGUGAAGAUGUUGGAAACUCUCUUAUCAUGAUUCAACCUACCCUUGACACAUACACUUUUGAUGAGCCACCCCGUCCUGUUCUUCUGGAUUCUACAUCCAUCCAGCCUAAUCACAUCCUGCUACUCGAUACCUUCUUCCACAUUCUCAUAUUCCAUGGCGAGACCAUCGCCGAGUGGAAGAAGGUCGGAUACCAGGACCAAGACGGGUACGAGAACUUCAAGGAGCUGUUGGAAUUGCCCAAGGAAGACGCCAGGGCGAGUACCUAUCCUGUCGCCAAUAAUAAAUAUCACUAAUAUAAAUGCCAAUGCAGGAACUGAUUGCUGACCGCUUCCCGCUACCACGAUUCAUCGUCUGCGAUGCUGGUGGUUCCCAAGCACGUUUCCUCCUAUCAAAACUUAACCCAUCGACAACUCACACGUCUGGCGGAUACGGUGGUGUUCCGCAAAAUGCUCAGACUAUAUUCACCGACGACGUCUCACUGCAAACAUUUAUGGAACAUCUAAUGAAGUAAAUGCCCCCUCUACGUUUUCCAGAUGUUUGUGCAUUCCUCUAACCGCUAUUACAGACUUGCUGUUACUGGGACCAACUAGAUUCGGUCCCUUUUUUUUUUUUUUUUUUUCCUUCUUGCUAGUUUAAUAUGGGAGAAAGCGGUUGUAGUUCUUGUGUUCCUCAAUCUCACUCUAUUUUCUACUGUUGCUCCGUUCCCCGCCCACCUCCUUAGGUUGAAUAAAAUUGGGGCAGCCGUUUCACGUGAACUUAGCUUGAGAAAUCUAUUGUUCCUUUCUUAUGCCUUGUGGAAGUUGAUGAGAAAUGAAUCUGAUAAGAAAGGGGGAUUGGUGGGGGCGAUUUCUGCGUACGGUAUGGAAAGUGGAGAAGAAGAGAGGGGUAUCAUAAAUACCGACUGAACGGACUUGGUCCGACAGAGAGUUCGCGCAGCCCGACCUGGGUGGGAGCUAUCAAUAGUGUUCCCA